AUGGAACUGCAAGACCCGGCACGGCCGCGGACAUUUGCGUGGCAAGACGGGAGUUCUCGCCGGUCACCCGAACACUGGAAGGUUCCCAACUUGAAUUGCAGGAGCAUUUGGCUUUGUUGGUUCAUGGACGACUCGGACCUCGGCAUUUGCCCGUUCCGAUUCCUCACACCUGUUGACGUGACCAACUGGAGAUGCCUCGCCAAGUACAGACACGUCUUGACCACCCUCGUGCAGAUUGCUAUCGACAGGCAGUUGGCGCCAUCGGAAGCCGCCAUCGCCACGUUGUCGCGGCCGCAGCUCAAGGCGCUAUUUGUGCCGUCGUUUCGUGUGCUGAAACUUGGUGUUCCAAUGGAAGUUAUGUCUGAGAUGGACACGAAUAGCAUUGCUGCCGUCCACAAGGUGUUGACUUCCACCGACGCAUUGCAUCCAUGA